AUGUUGGCACAAGUAAUUAUUUCAGUUUCUUCUGCCAUUGCCAAUUCAAUAGCUCCUCGGCAGAAUCAAUUUCUUUCUCCGGAAGAUCUAGCUUGGGCUGAUUCCUGCCUAGUUAAAGAUUCUUCUGAUAUUUGAGAAACUGAUUGAGUCCCUUUGAAAAGUGCUUUAUUAGAAAUUAUUAGUUCCCAAUCUAAAUUUUACAGAGAAGACAUAGAAAUUCCUCCCCACCGUAUCAGUUCUGAAAGUAUUUCUGUGGAACUUAAUCAGCAAUCUUCAACUUCUGACGGGAGAGGUUUAUCUGAGUCGUCUUCAACGUAUAAUGUUAACUCAUUAAGUAUGCUAGUAGAAACAAGCACUGAUAAAAUUCCAGAUGAUGAAACGAGUGCCAACUUGCCAUCUUUCAAUCUUUUUUUGCCAACUUAUAAUGAAAAUCUGAAGGAGGAGAAAACCAUUGAUUUUGGGCUUGAUCUGGAUUCUUCCUCUUAUGAGACGGAGCAACUCGCUGACAAUAUCUUCAAAAUUUGGGAUUUAGAUAUUCCAUGUGAAGAAGAUGGAAGGAAGAGAGAAGGGGAGAAAAUGUGUGAAACACUUGAAAAAAAAGUUGUGUGUCAGUCUACCGUUAGCUACGUCAGUACAUUUUUAACAGUGUUAGUUUUCGAGGACUAA